AUGGGAGGUUGUGUGGCAAGCGCGCUUCCCUGCAAAAGCAGCUCAUUAAAGGGAGAAGUCGAGACGGUCCAGUCAGCAAAAAUGGCGGGUCGUGUUCCAGGCGUUACGGUCUCCGUGGAGGCUGUCCAGAUGGAGAUUGCAGAGAAGAAGAAAAGUCCUAGUCCACUUUUAGAGGCGGUCAUGGCGGGCCGCAGCAUGGAUAUGGAGCGGGCUCGGGCAAUUGCCAAGCACAUCGCUAAGCCGGACUACACGCUUGGGCAGUACUUCCAGGACCUCAUGGCCACUUUUCCAGAGCUUCAUCUGUUUGGCCUCGAGGGAAUGUCGGCAGACACUCCGGAAUUCAAGCGUGACUUCCUCUAUGGUGGCAGGGUGGCUGGGGAUGAGUUCCAGCGAACGAUUGGAGCAUUUUUUGCAAUCUACUGGCUGGUGCGCGCGAACAUUGACGGCAAGCACGGGUUUUGCCAUGGGGUCGAUGACUCGUGGAGGCCCAUGGCAUCUCGCGAGGGCGAGAGCGACAAAUGUCGUGUUUUCUAUGGCGACGACACAAUAUGGAACCAUUUCCACGACCUGAUGCUCGAUGCAGGCAUUCUCGUGCAGACGAAGGGCUCAAAGCUCGAGGUGGACUGUGAGACCAUCCUUGCCCUCUUGGUACUGACGGCGCUGCAUGAUGUCAUGAAGGUCAGCUUGCUGCUGCCGGUGGUGGCAAAGGCCGAUGCCCCAUACCGCGGCUAUGGCGAGUCAGAGGUUGUUGCCGACCAUGACAUGGCCAUCUUCUACCUGAUUGAACGCUAUCCGCAGCUUUUGCCAUCCCUGAGCAGCUUGAAGCCCGACCUGCAGUCGUCUGUGCGGAUGGUGCUCAGCGGCCUUGCCUUCAACAAUGGAUGGUUCGUGCAAGCAGAGGCCCCGCCAGGGGCGGUCCUUCGCGGCAUCAAGGCGGCAAUCACCUCGCAGAACAAGUCGGACCGGCAGCUCAGCAAGCGUGACUUGAGCCUGUACUUUGUGCAUUGGCUAACCGAUUUGGCGGGAGCAGAGCCUUCGCCUCUGCUGGGCUGCCUGAAGCUCACCAGCCAACUACCUCUUCCAGUUCUCAAGAGCUUCAUGGAGUCGGUGAAGUACAUUCAGCAGCUGGCAGAUCGCACGGAGACCGAGGUCAUGGAGAGCUACUUGAAAGACCGGUGGAGAAACGCUCAGCCACCAGUGGGUCCCCUGCCUGCGGGCCCCGAGGCUCUUGUGAAGACACGACUGCUUUGCAUGGCGCAAGGCAUGGCGACCCAAGUGCUGGAGGCCUUUGACAAGCUCAGCGAUUCGGACAAGGAGGUGCUCAGCGUCGAGAUGGCACGGACCGGCACGGAGAAUCAAAGCUUCUCGGAGGGAUUCGUGCCAGCAAGCGUGCGAGACCGCCUGGCGGGCCCGGCCUUCUUGGUCUACUAUGGCCCGGCCUUCUUGCAGAGGAUGAACAACGACAGCCCAGUGAGGCGCUUGGAGAUUUUGGCCGAGAUCUACCGUCGUGCUCGGAAGCUUUGGCCUGCUGCCAGCGAUCAAGCCGGCAAUUUCGUCACCCUGCGAAUCGAUGCCAUCACCAUCCAAGGGAAAUGGAGCUCACGUGAUCCCGAACUUCUGCUGCUGAGGAUGUGCAGCAACAAGCAGGCGGUCCUUGAAAGGAAGCCCGGGGACCCCAAGACCACGAACUUUAAAGAAGAGAACACGGAGGUCUUGUUUGCCCCGGAUGUGCCCAACGGUCUUGUCGGCAAAGGAAUUUGCUCUCAAGAGGAUAUGAUCAAGCAGGUGAGCAAUGAGAUGCUCACUUCCGGUCGUUGGUAUCGCAAAGUGGCUUUUGCUUUCCUGCGCCCUGCUCAAGCAGGAGAGAUCAUCACCACUGUGGUGGAUGGCAAAGAGGAGACGGUGAACACGGCAGUCGAGGGCGACUAUGUGGUGCAGGCCAACACCCGGUGGAAAGAGAAUUACAUCCUAUCCUAUGCGACGACAUCAGCAGCUUAUGACCUGGAUACCCCACUGGAAAUCCCACACGGCCGCGAGGAUGCACAGCAGCUGCGCAAGGAUGGCUACCGCUGCUACAGGUCCCGCACGCGCAUUCGCGCCUUACGUGCCACGGAAGAGUUCCUCCGGAGGCAUUGCCCAUCGAAGAAGUUCAUGGCAAAGUGGGGCACACCAUGCUCAGUGGAAGUCGAUGACAUCAUUGCUGCUCAAGUAAGCCCAAGCUCCACGGUGACCGAGAUCUACCGGAUCGAAAAAACAGUCUUCCGAGUGACGCUGGGGGAAGUCCCACCACAAUUGCUCGGAGGGACCUUACUCCACUUGGCCGAAGGUGCCUUGGGCAGCUCGGGCUCCAAGCUCUCGGUCACGGUGCAGGAGGAAUCGCGGCUGUAUGUCGUCGUGGAGGUCCCCCCCGUUGGGCCCAGCAAACCGGGCAGCUCCAGAGGGACUCUGUCUUCGGCCUUGGCCCACCACCCGCGUUGGCUUUCCGAGGGCGAGGAGACGCCGACCUGGCAACGGCCUGUGCCUGAAGGUGGCAAGCGUCCUCCCCGACCAGAUCUUAUGAUGUUCAGCACUCUGCUGCGCGUCGACACGCCCACAGCCCUGCCGGAAGUGCACGUGAAUGGCGACGUUCCACGGGCCUUUGCUGUGGUGGUGAAAGUGGCCACCGCCAGCGUGGGCAUCACCGUUUCUUCCAGCAGCAACGUGCAAUAUGAGCGAAGAGCGCUCAUGGAAGAAGGGGUGACGCCGUGGAUCGAUCGAGACCAUAAAUACCUGGACGUACCAGACAACUUGAAAGGAGGCGUCCUCUUUCCGGGCCCCUUCAAGGACGUCCCUGCCGACACAGUGCUGACAGUCAAAACCGACGCCUCGGCCCGCGUGUACGUGAUCACCGAGAGACGUUCCGGCUCCCAAGGGCGACCAAGCUGGGCAGAGCAGUUGGAAACAGCCGGCUGGCGCGCAGAGGAGUCGGCGCCCCGCUGGCAUGACAUGGCCACCAUGCGAUGUUUGGGAAGGAAGUGCCCGGCCGGCUGGUCGCUGGCGCUGCCGCCUUGCCACGCUCCGCCAGGCGAAGGCCCCGUCUUUAGCCUGAUCGUUGUGCCGUCUGCUGGUCAACCCACCGCACCACUGGAAGCCAGCUGCCUUUGCUCUGAUGGCGAGGAGGUCACGGCAUCGGCGGCCUUGUCCUUCGUAGCACCCGAGGCGGCCAGCCUUGGGCCAGGACUGGAAUUGCAAGAGGUUCCUGUCUGGAUGCAAUCGCCGGACGCCACGCUGGUGCGGGCGGACCUCGACUUGAGCGAAGCAGCUCGUCGAUUCACGCUCCGCGCAGAAGCACCUUCGGUCGUCUAUGCUUUGCUUCUCAAGUCUGCAACCAUCAGCUCAUCCUGGGCUGAAGACGGCUGGGAACCGCGGGAGCAAGCCCCGAGCCUGCGCCGCGAGGGCGAGGAGAAGCCUUUGCCUUUGAUGGUCCUGGCCAAGAGAUGCCAGGCUCGGCAGCUGACCUGCUCACCUCCCAUCACGGACACGUCCGCGGACAAGGAGGUGCUCGCGCUGGUGGUCAAGGUUGACGUCGAAGCCUUCGACGCCUGUGCAGAGUGCAGCGACGGCCUGGCAUUGUUUGGCUCACCCGUGAAGGAGGCUGGCUUGCUAUGGACGGAUCGUCAGAAUCGUCUGGCCUUCGUCUCGGGCUGCCUGCGGGCCGGCCUCGUCUUGCGAGCACCGCACGAGCUGAUGACAAGGCCAGGCCAUCACCUUCGCCUCAGGGCCUCUGGCGCUUGCCGCGUCUAUGUGGGCAUUGAGGCUACAUACGGCGCGGAGGUUCCCCGCAACGGCGGAGGAUUGAUUGAGCUCCUGCUUCGCUUGGGCUGGACUGCUGAAAGCGUGAAGGAGGUAUCUGCCCCUGCUUGGGGGGACAAGACCUCCAACAUGCGAAUGCUGAGUCGAAGGCUCACCGAAGGCCAAGAGCUUGAGAUGCCUCUCCGCGGAUUGGACCCCACCCCCUCCGAGGAGGCGCCGCUGCUCUUGCUCUUGGUGGUGGUGAGCAUCGCGGGUGCCGAAAGCUUCGGCAAGGAGCUGAAGCGCUCAUUUGGGGCCUGGGCAUCUGAAGAGGGCGGACUGACGGCGGAGGCGCUCUCCACACUGCUCCGUGUCCUGUGCCCACUCUCCGAUGCAGAACGGCAAGCGGUGGUUGCGCAAGCUAUGGCGACAACAACGGGCACCACGCGGAAAGUGCUGCCGCCUGACGAUUUCGUGGAGAAGCUCCUACUUUUCGGCUCGGAGGCUGAGCGAAGAGCUGAAGCCACGUCAGAGAGCUGA